CGGAGCUUUAGAAGUUUCCGAAGACCUUCUGGAACAAAGCCAAGAUGAAACUCCUGCUUCUUGCUCUUCUGGUUGGAGCCGCGUCUGCUCUUCAUCUGAUGCGUGCUGAUACUCCCAACUCUAAGAGUCCCUUGGAAGAUAAGAGCCUGACUCGGGAGGAGGAGUGGCCCACUCAGGAAGUUAAAGAUCUCCUUUCUGGGGAGCUGAUGGAGCUGGAGGAGGCCGAGGGCUCUGGAAGUAAAGAGAUCUCUGAGGAAGAAGGAGCUGUGCAGCCAGUCUCAGCCCUGGAUAUAGCAAACAGCAGCUUUCAGUGUCCUGCAAAAGAGGACACAGUGGAACUGCUGGGCAUCCCUGGAUGCAAAACUUGCCACUACAUCCUGGUGACAGCAGCCGCAACUUUCAGUGAAGCUCGGCAUGUUUGCCAAAGGUGCUACCGGGGCAGCCUCGUCUCCAUCCACAACUCCAUCUCUAAUUACCAAAUCCAGUGCUUUGUCCAGAAGCUCAACCAGGGUCAAGUCUGGAUUGGAGGCUGGAUCUCUGGCUCGGGUUACUGCAAGCGCUUUUACUGGGUUGACAACAGCUCUUGGAAUUUUGCAAACUGGGCUAAGUGCCAGCCUUCGGCCCACGGGGGCAGCUGCGUGUCCAUGUGUGUCCAAGGAGGCCGCUGGCGCACAUCUCACUGUUGUAAAAGGCUCCCCUUUGUCUGUUCCCGUUGAGCACCCUAGACAGGAGUUCAAAUCUACUGCACCGUGGACAACUGCCUCUCCCCUCCCACCACC